CAUCACCAUCUCGACUCGUCCAUAUAAUCCGUCAGUUAUUGUGAGAACAUCACAAAAUUUUCAGUCUUUUCUGCUCGAAGCCCAAUAUACAGAUUUUGAUUUUUGGGUUUGGGUUCAGAGAUGGGGACUUUGAAAGCGGUUUGGAGACACCCAGAUGAUUUAUAUCCGUUGUUGAAGCUUAAAAUGGCUAUGAAGUACGCGGAGAAGCAGAUUCCGCCCGAGCCUCACUGGGGUUUCUGCUACACGAUGCUUCACAAGGUCUCCCGCAGCUUUGCUCUGGUCAUUCAACAGCUUGGACCGGAGCUUAGGAACGCUGUGUGCAUAUUUUAUUUGGUUCUUCGAGCCCUUGAUACUGUUGAGGAUGAUACUAGCAUAGAAACAGAUGUAAAAGUGCCUAUUCUAAAAGCAUUUCAUCGUCACAUAUAUAAUCGUGAUUGGCAUUUUCCAUGUGGCACACAGGAUUACAAAGUUCUCAUGGAUAAGUUUGAUCAUGUUGCUACAGCUUUUCUGGAGCUUGGAAAAGGUUUUCAGGAGGCAAUUGAGGAUAUAACAAAAAGAAUGGGUGACGGGAUGGCAAAAUUUAUUUGCGAAGAGGUUGUAACAGUUGAUGACUAUGAUGAGUAUUGCCACUAUGUAGCUGGGCUUGUUGGAUUAGGUCUGUCCAAAUUGUUCCGUGCAUCUGGCUCAGAAGAUUUGGCUCCUGAUUCUCUCUCUAAUUCAAUGGGUUUGUUUCUUCAGAAAACAAAUAUUAUCCGAGAUUAUCUGGAGGAUAUUAAUGAGAUACCAAAGUCACGGAUGUUUUGGCCUCGAGAGAUUUGGGGUAAAUAUGUGAAUAAACUUGAGGACAUGAAAUAUGAGGAGAACUCAGUGAAGGCAGUUCAGUGCUUGAAUGACAUGGUAACUAAUGCUUUGAUACAUGUGGAGGAUUGCCUGAAGUACAUGUCUGCUUUACGAGAUCCUGCUAUAUUUCGGUUUUGUGCCAUCCCUCAGAUCAUGGCUAUUGGAACUCUAGCCUUAUGCUACAACAACAUUGAAGUAUUUAGAGGUGUAGUGAAAAUGAGGCGUGGUCUCACUGCUAAAAUCAUUGAAAGAACCAAUACAACGGCUGAUGUCUACGGUGCUUUCUUCGACUUUUCUUCUUUGCUGAAAUCGAAGGUUGACAAGAAUGAUCCUAACGCAAUGGAAACAUUGAGCAGGGUGGAACGGAUCCAGAAGACCUGCAGGGACUCUGGGGUCCUGAACAAAAGGAAAUCUUACAUAACACGGAAUGAGCGCAAUUACACUCUUUUGGUUGUUAUGCUUUUUGUUAUAUUGGCCAUCAUUUUGGCUAAUCAUAAUCGCAAGUGGUCAAGUAACUAGUGACCAUGGAUUGCCUGAAUGCAUGCUUGUCUCAUGGAGUUGUUUUCUUUUGCUCAUACACGAUAUUGUUAAGGCUAGGCGUGCCUGAUAUUCGUUGUCGUUAGGUUGUCCGUUGCCACAUAGCAUUAUACUGCCUGCAUAUUUCUUAUACUGUGAAGCAGAAGACUAAAUAAGACCUGAAGAACGGGGAUAUUGUCGCAUAGUAUGUUGAAGUUGUAUAAAGCAAAUUUAAGAGUCUCUCUAUCUCAUCAGAUAACUACAUGGUAGGUAUUGUAUAUGGGUUUUGAAUAUGAUGGGUAACUCCAUCUAAUAAUGUAGCCACACAAUUUUCUGCAACCCAAGAAGACCACGUUGGAGAAAUAUGUGGUGGAAUAGGUCCAAAUCUUGAUGAUAAUAAUAACAAUUAAGAAUUUCUUGUUUUUUGUAAAUAAAUAUUAUUAAAUAAA